AUGCAGUUGUCAGUGCACCUUCGCACACGCCUGUCUUACGCUGCUGCUAAGAUCGAGGCAAGCCGACGGUCACAGAGCUCUCAGAACAAGUUACCGUUGGAUUUACUUCAUGGUGACCGUUCAUCUUCAACUCCCGCUACCAACCCGUUCGAAAGGAUAGGGCAGGGAGGAGGCCUGAUGGAGCCCGGCUCUCCUGGCGCGAUUACUUCUAUGUCUGUGCCAGAUACAGUACCAAAAUCCCAUCUAUACUCAUUCAACGAUCCUAUGCGAUUAUCCCCGACAGCCAGAUCGGAAGACUCUGCACCAUCUUUGAAGAGUGAUCCUCGAAAAUCGCACACCCCACUUUCUUCACUACCGAGAUUUGCGAGACUCGCACCACCUGCAGAUAUCAUCCCAAGAAGUGACAGCAGUAGGCGCAGGCGCCCGAACCCAAAUGACCCCACUAGUCAGACACAAAACUUCCCUUACUCUCGCCAUCGACGGCAUCAUUCUCAGCAAAGUAUCAGUACAAUCAAACGAAACUCUAGCUCAGAGACUGUGUUGGUUCCUGAGACACCUCCUCUCCGUCCAUUGCCUCACGACGGCCUACUCACUCAGCAAAGCCAUUCGCAAAAUUCGUCCAUGGAACAAGAUGCGAUAGAGACGCUACUCUUCAUGUCCAGCCCGGGACACUCGGGGUACUGCUCCAAUUCACAGCCCUCCCGGAGUCAGCCGAAUCAUACACAUAGCAGCAAUACAUCUGCGCAGACUAAGUAUAGCGCACCCGGGAGUCAAGACACGCACAUGCUUGCAGACACGGCUCAACUUCCUCCUAUAUAUCGUGACUCAGGCGUGGGAUUAGAAGCUCAGGCCGGUGAUGAAAUCGAUCGCUUGUUGGAUCAAAUGGACAGCGAUAGCGAGGAUGAAAAGAAUUACCCCUCUACUCACUCGAACAGCAUCAGCAGUCGCUCAACGCCAAGUGGCAGUUCUCAGAGACGUAACCCUCGGCUUCAAUCAUGA